CGUCGCUAGGUUGCCGGGUAGACUAUCGUGUUCCCUGAAGCAGACAUCGAAACUUCGGGGCUUCAAGAUGCCGCGGUCGCUUUUCCGAAGCGAACCGAUGGAAAGAUGUCAGUUGUUCCUUCAGAGCGAGGCCGCUUUUCAAUGCAUAGCGGAGCUCGGGGAACUCGGCAGAGUUCAGUUCGACGAUUUGAAUUCAGAAGUGAACGCGUUCCAGCGGAAGUUCGUGAACGAUGUCCGUCGCUGUGAGGAAAUGCAGAGGCUCCUGACCUACGUGGAGAAAGAGAUCAUCCGGGAAGAUUUCGUCAAGCUUGAACCCGAAGAUCCCAGCGUAGAAACUCCCUUACCGAAGGAUAUGAUCGAUAUGGAGACGAUGUUCCAGAAAAUAGAGGAAGAACUCCGCCAGGUGAACGACAAUGUCGACGAGAUGACCCGGAAUUACGUGCAGCUCGCUGAGCUCAAACAUGUCCUCCGAUCGGUCGACGAGUUCUUCGAGAGCCGACACGGUCAAGAAGAGGCUGCAGUCUUCCCGGGAGGCGUGCAAGAGAUCGAUCCAUCGGGAGCGGGAGUUCCUCAAGAAGAUCCGAAAUCGGCGUCGGAGUCAGAAGCGGGGUCGUCGAAAGGGGAGGGAUCGGAGAACGGCUCAGUCCUGAAGAAGGGUGCUCAAGCUGAGCAAGAAAAUCUAGGAUUCUUCGCUGGCACCAUACCGGUCACUAGAUUCCAAGCUUUUGAACGUCUCCUGUGGCGAGUAGGUCGAGGGAUCAUCUUCUGCCACCAGAUUUUCAUCGACGAGCCGAUGACUGACGUCGAUGGCAAUUCCGUGCGCAAGUCGGUCUUCAUCGUUUUCUUCCCCGGAGAGCAGCUGAAGCAGCGAGUGAGGAAGAUCUGCGAUGCCUUUCACGCGAACAUUUACCCCUGUCCCGCAUCGGCAGAGGGACGUCGCGAGGCCGCUAUCGGGGUCCUGCAGAGAAUCGAGGACAUGAAACACGUAUUCAACGGUUCCCGAGACCAUCGCAUGAAAGUUCUGGCGAACGCCGCGAGGAAUAUCCGCUCAUGGAGGGUACAGCUGUCGAAAAUGAAAGCCGUCUUCCAUAUAAUGAACAUGCUGAACGUCGACGUCACCCAGAAGUGUCUCAUCGGGGAAUGUUGGAUCCCUGAACACGACAUGGUGAAGGUUCAGGCGGCUCUCCGCAGAGGAACAGAGGCUGCGGGGAGCAGUUUCCCGUGCAUCAUCAAUCGGAUCGAGACCAGAGCCUGCCCCCCGACCUUCUAUAAGACGAACAGAUUCACCGACGGGUUCCAAGCAAUCGUCAACGCGUACGGUGUCGGAAGCUACGGAGAACUUAACCCAGCCCCAUACGCUAUCAUAACGUUCCCAUUCCUGUUCGCCGUCAUGUUCGGGGACGCCGGUCAUGGCGUGAUCAUGGCUGCGGUUGCUCUGGCCCUGAUCGCCUACGAGGGAAGUUUGAGCAAAAACCGUGACGAGAUCGUUUCAACAUUCUUCGGAGGUCGCUAUCUCAUCUUGCUGAUGGGAAUCUUCUCCAUCUACACUGGACUGAUCUACAACGACGUCUUCUCGAAGCCGAUGAACAUUUUCGGCUCGUCAUGGACACUGAAAUGGGAUGGCGACGCCGUCCCUGUUUUCAACAAGAGCAUUCAGGUUCCCAUCGACCAACACACGAAAACCUACCCCUUCGGCGUGGAUCCGAUCUGGGCUCUAACGAAGAACAAGAUCACGUUCACGAAUUCCUACAAGAUGAAAAUGGCUGUCAUUCUCGGACUACUCCAGAUGUCGUUCGGUACGUUCUUGAGUCUGGCGAACGCCUUAUACUUCAAAGAUCGAACGAAACUGCCCCCGCCACGAAGCAACGGCGAACGUUUCCUUCGAAGAACCCUCAACGUCUGGGCUCAGUUCGUCCCGGAAAUUUUGUUCCUGCUUUCUCUUUUCGGCUAUCUGGUCUUCAUGAUCUUCUACAAGUGGUCUCUCCCAUUCGGAAAUCCCGAUUACGCAUCGGAGGACGAGACAUUGCGAGGAGCCGGCUGCUCCCGCAGUUUAUUGAUGCUCUUCAUAAACUUGUUCUUACCUCCCGCUCCGAACGCGCAGUGCUACGUCUCCAAACUCUACGCAGCAGCUCCAUUCGUCGAGAAAAUCAUCUUGAUCGUCGCUCUCCUCGCGGUGCCAUGGCUGCUUCUGGCGAAGCCUCUGUAUCUGAUGUACUUGAACAAACUUCAUUCGACUCCGCUGCCCCCCGAUUUCGUACCGAUUGUCGCGGAGGAGGAACGGAACGAAAACGCCGAGGACAGCGCGAGCUCGAGCUCGACUAGUAGCCGCCGCAAGAAGUCGACCGUGUCGAUGCACACCCUGAAGGCCGGUAACGGCUUACACAACGUAGAUCUGGACGAGCGCAGCGUUCAGGACGUCGAUCCGGAGGAAGAACGUGAACCAUUCGAUCUCGGCGAUGUGUUCAUCCAUCAGAUCAUUCACACCAUCGAGUACUGUCUCGGUGCAGUUUCGAAUACGGCUUCCUACUUGCGUCUCUGGGCUCUAUCGCUCGCUCACGCGCAACUCUCUGAAGUACUUUGGUCCAUGUUGUUCGCCUCGAGUCUCUUCGGAGAUCCCGGAACCGGUGAGAUAGUGAACACGAUAAUGAGCUCCGUCAAAAUCUUCCUUUUCUGGUUCCCGUGGGCAUUCUUGACCCUCGCGAUCCUUUUAGUAAUGGAGGGUCUCUCAGCUUUCCUUCAUGCGCUUCGUCUUCACUGGGUUGAGUUCAUGAACAAGUUCUUCAGCGGAGAAGGCUAUCUCUUCACUCCGUUCGACUUCAGAGAAGUCACGUACACCUUGGACGAGUGAAAAUCUCUGAGUGGAAAUAUCCUCGGACGCAUAGAGAGAUAUCCGACCAGAUUGAGGAUUGACAAAGUAUUCAUAGCAAAAUUAUCGUCGCGUCUCAUUUCUUCAAUGAUUAUGAUAACAAACUGCUAUUCGUGAUCAACUGAUAUGAGCUAUACAUUUGAGUU